GAGCCGCUAUAAUCCCCUGCCAUCCUUCCCACGGGGCCUCGAUCCCGUGCCCGGGGUGCUAGGGGGAGCUCGGGAGCCGUGCGGCCGACAGUGUAGUGCCUGUAUGGGGAGCCUGGCGGGGCAGGAGGGGGCUCCCGGCUGCAGAAGAUGCCUGGGGCCUUGGUGAGGGUGGGAUUGCGCCCAAUAGGGAAUGGGAGGGUGGUGGAGGAUAAAGCACAGCGAGCAACCCGUGUCCCCAUUGCCCCGGGAGCGAUCACCUGCUGGGGGCUUGGCCUUUUUCGGGGAGACCUACUAGCAACCGCCCUGUUGGGGAAAUGACUCGAGGCGGGGAGCCGAGAUUAAAGACCCCACGCCAAAAUGAAGUUCAAUCCUUUUGUGACCUCGGACCGCAGCAAGAACCGCAAGAGGCACUUCAAUGCACCCUCUCACAUUCGCAGGAAGAUCAUGUCUUCUCCCCUUUCCAAGGAGCUAAGGCAGAAAUACAAUGUCCGCUCUAUGCCGAUCCGAAAAGAUGACGAAGUCCAGGUUGUCCGGGGACAUUAUAAAGGCCAGCAAAUCGGCAAGGUAGUCCAGGUAUACAGAAAAAAAUACGUCAUCUACAUUGAACGCGUACAGCGUGAGAAGGCCAACGGCACAACGGUCCAUGUUGGAAUCCAUCCUAGCAAGGUGGUGAUCACUAGGCUAAAACUGGACAAGGAUCGCAAAAAGAUCUUGGAACGUAAAGCAAAGUCUCGCCAAGUUGGCAAGGAAAAGGGCAAAUACAAGGAAGAAACCAUUGAAAAGAUGCAAGAAUAAAUGGUCUCCUGUGUGUCACCCAUUAAAAGAACUGCUAAAAUGAAA